AUGUCGGCUACCGCCCCCAAGCCUCCUGUCGAGGAAAUCCUCAAGCACUACCAAUACAAGCCAGAACUAGUCGAGCGCGUCAGUCCGCGCCGCGAACCUCUGCCUUGCCUGGCCAUUGAAGAGCCCAAGGCCGAGUGGCCGCGCCGCUUCGCGGCCCUCGAGGCAAAGAUCCAGGCUGCCCUCGGCGACCAGGCACUUAUCAUCUCCCACGUUGGCUCGACCAGCGUCCCAGGCCUACCCGCCAAGGACGUCAUCGAUAUUGACCUCACGGUCCCCGACAUUGACAACGAGGACUCGUACGUGCCGGCCCUGGAGGCGCAGGGCUUCCACUUUCGCAACCGCGAGCCGCUAUGGCACAACCACCGCUAUUUCAACUACUACAGCGAGAACCUGUGCAACCUGCACGUCUGGGCCCCGGGAUGUCCCGAGGCUGAGCGGCACCUGCUGAUGAGGGACUGGCUGCGCGAGCACAAAGAGGACUGCGAGGGGUACGCGCGUGUGAAGCGCGAAUCGGCAGCCGCGACGAACGAGGUGGGUGAGACGGUGAUGGAUUACAACUUGCGCAAGGAAUGGUGGAUCAGAGAGCUUUUGCACCGAAUCUUUGUUGCCAAGGGGUACAUGACCGAGGACGGGCAACCUAUCCACCGGGAUUAA